GUAGUAACUGAGGUUCUUGCUGGUUCACUAUACAUUAAUCACCAAUACGGGAAUCACGACCGAUAGUUUCACAGCUGCGCUACAACGGGGAUGGUCGAUCGCAAAUGCCAAUUGAUGAAAACAAGCUUAAUAAAGUGCAAGAACGAGAGACCUACAGAAUCGUGCUACUGCAAUGGUUCAUUUCAAACGUCUACAGACUGCUAUCACUUCACAUCCAUCCCAAGUUCCCAAUGCGGAUUCCACAGUGCCAAACUCAGAAUCUUGGUUAUCUGGUCAUCGUGCAAAAAACACUGAGCAUGAAGCCCGAUACGCUGCUCAUAAAAAGUACGGUCCUGUUAUUAGAAUUGCACCAACAGAAUCCAGUAUCAAUUGUCUUGAAGAUCCCGACAAGAAAACGGUUCUUUCAAAUCUUACCAGAUGGAUGAUUCCUAUUGGCAAGAGUCCGUUGAAUGAGGAGGCAGAUGCGGCUUUCCACGAUGAUUUUUGUCGCUCAAUGGCCGACCGAGCACUGGUCACUCUUCAAUCUGAAGACUCUAAUGAGACGGAAUCGUAUCCAACUGUCUACGGACAUAUAUGUCAAAAUCCUGAGGCAUCGAAACCCGUUUCUGCAGAUUAAUUAGAUUUAGACUUAGUUGUUGCUAAAGAAAUAAUAAGUUAUACUGCAGUUCCACAUGAAGUAUUGUCUAUCACGGUAAGCUAUUUGAUGGCUGAGCUCGCUCGUCACACAUCUGUCAUCCAGCGUCUCCAAAAAGAACUUCUUCCUGUGAAUCUGGUCAAGACUCCUUCGGAAGAGAUUGAUUCAUUACCGUUAUUAGAUGCUAUACUCAUGGAAACACUACGACUUUAUCCUGCCGUUCUAGGACCAUUUACUCACAAAGUUCUGGAAAAGGGCGCUAUGAUUGGAAAAUAUCUGAUACCGGGUGGCGUUACUAUUAGUGCAUCUGCAUAUACCUUACACAGAAAUCCGGAUGUAUUCCCGGAUCCUCUAAAGUGGAAUCCAGAUAGAUGGUUAGAUGCGUCUCCAGAGGCAAACAAACAAAUGAUGCGAUGGCACUGCGCUUUUGGUAGUGGACGAAGUAUGUGUAGUGGGAACUAUUUCGCUGUUCGUAGUAAGUGAACUCUCCUUGAGUGAAGGAAUUAAUUUACCGAGACUUGAGACAAUUUGUUGACAAAUAUGUAGUGAUGAAAGCGGUGACUGUAGCAGUUUUCAAGGAAUUUCAGAGUGUAGUGGUACACUCAUGGCACCUUUCAAAUAAUAGAAUAUAUUGUAAGAGGGCUGGGUUCGUGUUACUGUGGCCGGUAAGUUCGUACGAAUUCUUGGAGUCAAUCUUACAAGGAAAAUGAGUUAUCUCUCUGGGAGCCUUGUUCGACUAUGACAAUUAUUGAAGGAGACAAGGAACAAACACGCCAUGAAAACCAUGUGCCGCAAUUUGCAGCGCCGCAACCUCA